ACUUCCGUUAUCUUCGCGGUUUACUUUAACGUCUUGUGCCGCUACUUGCAGACGGCGUUUUAAGGAUCUCGCAGGUUCAUUAUAUAUAUAUACUAGCAUAAAAUGCGAUAGUAACAAUUUGGACUGAAUCGAAGUACGCCAUAGAAGCAACGAAGGUAGAAAAAAAAAUGGAGGACGAUAGGAUUCUAGAGAGAGAAAGGUAUCAAAUGGAGCAAAUACGGGAGCUUGAAUCGGAGGAAUUGCAAGUUGAGGAAGUCGAUGAAGAAUCAUCAGACGAUGAAACUAAUUACCGUAGUUCGGGGGGAGCAUCUGCAUCUGGUGAAUUUACUUACAACACCUCUCUGGCUGCCUUACAUUCUUACCUUGGUGAUGUUGAAGAUACUCAUAACAGGCUGGCCUUCUUGGAUGGAGGAGCUGUCUUAAAUGUUCCUCUGUUCUAUCUAGAAGGAGUUGUUUUAUUUCCCGAGGCCACACUUCCUUUGCGAGUCAUUCAGCCUAAUUUUAUAGCUUCUGUUGAAAGAGCACUGAGGCAAGUUGAUGCUCCUUACAUAAUCGGCGUGAUCCGAGUUUACAAGGAUCCAAAUAAUGGAAGGAUUAAACUUGCAACCACCGGUACAACUGCUGAGAUUAGACAAUACCGGCACUUGGAAGAUGGUUCGGUGAAUGUUGUAACUCGUGGACAACAACGUUUUCGUUUGAGGCGCCGCUGGAUGGAUGUGGAGGGAUCACCUUGGGGGGAUAUACAGAUUGUCAAAGAAGAUUUGCCAUUGAGAACACCCAGAGAGGCUGUUGGAAGAUUAACACCAUUAAGUAUCUUCCAAUCUAAUGUACAUAGUCAAAUACCACCGAUGAAUCGCUCUCGAGCUGACCUAUAUGGCUUUGGGAAUGAAAAUGAUUCGGAUGCAAUGUCAGAGGAAAGUUUUGAAAGUGAACUUUCACCCACAGAAAGGAGGUUGCACCAGGCUGCUCUUGUUUCUUGUGAUAUGCUUGAUGAGUCGGCGAGCAGUGACGAUGAGAAUAUUGACCAGCAGUUCCGUAUCCAACCUGCGAGAUCUCCUUUUGAUAGUUUUAGAAGGUCAUUCAGCACGGGUAAAAAACAAGAGGCUGACGGUAUGAGGCUUGCUUUAGGAAAAAGGUCUAUGCCAACAGACAACACAUGGAAAAAGCAUUCUCUAAACCAGUUUCGUGAAGCUCCAAGGGCCUUUUGGCCCAGUUGGGUUUACCAGAUGUACGAUUCAUACUCUCUUGCUCAAAGGGCAGCAGGUCGAUGGAAACAGAUAGUCAGGGCACCCAGCAUGGACAGUUACAUAACGAAGCCAGAUCUUCUUUCAUUUCAUAUUGCAAGUAAGAUGCCCGUGUCUGAAUCAACAAGGCAAGAGCUUUUGGAGAUUGAUGGAAUAUCCUAUAGAUUGAGACGGGAAAUUGAACUGCUCGAGAGUUUUGACUGUGUUCGGUGUAGAAGUUGUGAGACUCUAAUUGCCAAACGGAGCAAUAUGUUGGUGAUGUCUAGUGAAGGCCCUCUCGGUGCUUACGUUAACCCACAUGGUUAUGUACAUGAGAUAAUGACACUGUUUCAAGCAAAUGGGUUGGCUGUUAUUGGAAAUCCUGUUAAAGAAUACAGCUGGUUUCCUGGGUACGCCUGGUCAAUCGCUGAAUGCGCGACUUGUGAAACUCAGUUGGGAUGGCUUUUUACUGCUACAAAGAAGAAACUUAAACCCAGGUCAUUUUGGGGCAUUCGAAGUUCCCAAGUCGCUGAUGAUUCACGUUGAAGCUUUGGUAUUUCAUCGACCUGGUUUGUAAAUUUGAGAGCUUUUGUACUUCAAUAAUAGCUCUUUACUUCCUAAUCUGAAGUGUAGUAUUUCAUGCUCUUUAUAACAUGUUAGAACUUUGUCUGGGUUAAAAUUUACAUUGGCAUAUCAGUUUUGAGAGUGUUGCGAGAUAAAAUUACAACAAUAUUCUACUAAGAAAACAUUUACGUUUGUUGCUA